CCGCCUGCAAAUCUGUCUGAACCAUCUCGUAAUGACUCGAUAAAUCAUCUGCAUCAGACUCUGGCAUAUUUGCACAAUAAUCCAUAUCCCCAUGUCGCUGGCCCGGAAACAAUAAAGAAGCGUGCAUCAGUCGCCUUGAUAGUGCGCAUACAGCCGUCUUAUGCACAUCAACCUGACAUGACUAUCGAGCCCGCUCGCGAUAUUGACUCUUUCUUUGCUCAGCAUUGGGUCAAGCACGGAGAAGCAGAAGUGCUUUUCAUCAAGCGUGCCGCUCGCAAGGGUGAUCGAUGGACUUCACAUGUCGCACUACCUGGUGGCAGACGCGAUCCUGAAGACGAAAGUGACCAGAAGACUGCCGUCCGUGAAGCUGUUGAAGAAGUUGGUAUUGAACUAUCAGACCGGACUUCUAUCGCUGUCGGCAAUCUGCCACAACGAGUUGUCACGACUAGUUGGGGUAGAGUCCCCUUGAUGGUCUUAUGUCCAUAUGUCUUUCUUGUCACUCGGCAUGACCUGCAACCGCUUCGUCUACAGCCUACUGAAGUUGCCUCUACUCAUUGGGUACCCAUUCGAUCCUUACUCGAUCCAGGACAACGGACUGUACAUCUAGAAGACGUCAGCAACAGGUUAGCGAAACAGGAGACGGGCCUGAAGAGAUGGGCGUUCGCGGGGAUGCUUGGUCAGAUGGAGUUCAGUGCCAUAGAGUUGCUCCCUGCAGAAAGCGUUUAUUGCCAGGAACCACCUACUGACGACUCAAAGAAAUCUGAAUCUUCCACACUAGGAAUGGCGAUGCAGAGACUUUGGAAUUUCGUUGACCCGCCGGAGCUACAACCUCCGCCACAACAGCAACCACUUAUCCUCUGGGGACUCACUCUGGGAGUAGUGGCUGACCUGCUCGACUUGCUACCGCCUCACAAUGCGCUGGAAUUAUGGUCUUAUCCUACUUUUACCAUGCCCGACGUUCGACUCAUCAUCUGGCUCUCAACUUACAAGUUCAGGAAGAGCAAGAGAUUGCAGCUUGAGGCCGGCAAUCUGUCAAUGCCGCCUCUCGUCAAAGAAGGAUUGGACGCCAUCUCCCCUCCAGAAGGCGAGCGUAACGACGAUGUUGGCAUGGGCGGACUCGGAUCUGGGCGAAGCUUAAAAGGGCGGUCUUUUGAGAGUGCUGUUGGGACUAUGCUUGAAGGCUACUACGCUUGCAUGAGGAAAGGUGUGACGUAUGCUUUGAUCGUGCGAGCAAUUGGACUUGCUGCGACUGUUAAUUGGCUAUGGUCUUUGACACGGACGCCCAGGCAUUCGCACAGUCCUUCUCGAUGAUAGCUAUUGUCGCUGUAGACUGCCAUGUAUCUUAAUGUACUGUAUAUUAUUGCUGACCA